AUGGACAAUCUGGACCAGCUCGCCGACGACGAGCUGCGGCUUCGACUGGUGCAAUACGGCUUUCCGAACCUUCCGGUAACGACGACCACGCGCAAAAUAUUGAUCAAAAAGCUUCGCCACCAUAUCGAUUCCGAGAAUCAGAAGCUGCGCCGGGAAUCUUCGAAAGCGGCACGUUACAGUUCUGGGGAGGAAUCGGACGGUAACGAUGGGCGGAAGACUGCGACCGCCGCACAGCGUAAAAUGUAUGCCGCCAACACGGUGCGAAGUCAACGAGCUACCGUAGCAGCUCCGGCGGGAGUGGGAAGUUCCGUAUCGAUGCCUCCACCUCCGCCGACGAACGUCGUCCGGUCGAGUAUGACGCGCGUCCCAAUAAGCAUAUCAUCAGUAGCAUCAUCAGCGUCUACGCCGCAUAGUGUUAGCAGCAGUAGCAAUAAUAGUUUUGUAGGAGCGAACGGUGCCGGACCCAAUCAUCAUCGUAGCAAUAAGAACUCAUCCCAUUCGUCGCCCGUUGGCAGCACAGUAUACAUCUCGCCGCUGAUCGUGCAUGACAGCGAAGAGGAGGACUAUAUACCAACGCUACAUACGGGUGCGAGAGGUGGUAAGGAAGCAUUCUUACGGAGCAUUGGCAGUACAUCGUUGACGCCUACUUCGCACAGUUCGCUGUUCCGGAAGACGUCUCUAGCAACCGGCAACAUAACACCGCCGUCUGCCAACAGCAGCAUGUACAGCAACAUCGGUGGUAGUGCGGACAAUAAUAGCAGCGGUGGUGGGAGUGGUCUACUGAACGACUCCAACGGUUCGAACGGUGGCGGUACGGGUGAUUUGCCGUACGUGAGCGAGUACACCAAGCGAUUGAUGCAGCUGCGUGGGGAAACGGUUUCCCAGGAGAACUACAAUAGUGCCAUCGGUGGCAUCAUAGGACGCCGGAGUAUGAAUAACAACAUGCCGCCCUCUCAACGAUACAGUGCCGCUUCCAGUCAUCUGCAUUCGAUACGAACGAACCAUCAGCAACUACCAUCGGCAACUGGUGGAGGAGGAGGAGGAAUUCUUCACCAUCCGAUGCGCUCAAGUCAUCCGCAUCCGUUGAACAGUAAAAGCACGCCGGGUACGGCGUCAUCGCCUUUGGGUAACUCUGGUUCGAUAAUCGCUGGCAAUCACAUCCGCCAGCGAUACAGCCGCCUGUCGGGGACGAAUGAGUUCAACGAAAACGAUAUUGUAACUCACGCACAACCUGCACCGGAACCGCCCGGCAUCCCGUUCCGCGUAGCGAUAGGCAACUUCAUCACUCGAUUGGACGAGCAUUACGGCUUCAAACAAACGUUCAUCCCCUGUGCGCUGCUGGGCCUGUUGGGCGUGUUUCUCUUUUCGGUGAUAUUCAUGUACUUGACCAUCAGCACCGAUCUAGCCAGUACGUUAAACUCUAUCGACACGCGGUACGAAGUAUGCGAGGAUGACGUCCAUGGGCUGGCUGCCACCAGCUGCGUCUUUGCCACGGACGUUGAACCUGCCUUGGAGCUACUGAAGCUAAUCGGCAGCGAACUGAAGGCACGCGUCGAACAGCAUCAUUGCCGACGGGACGAUAAAGCACCCGUUUCCGGACUAAUGUCCGCCGGAGAGGUCCUCAAAUAUGCCAAGGAGCACUCACCGUCCGUUCUGAUACCGCAGCUAUCGCGACACCUGCACGCAAUGGAAUAUCUCAUCGACCGUAAUCCUCAGUGGCACAUUAACCAUUGCGAUGCAGGCGGAGAGCCGAUCACGUACGAGGGUGUGCUGGAAAGGCGUUCUACGCGCUCGAAUCACUUCACCAUCCUCAGCCCGAAGCUACCGUUCACGUGUACGCUGUACAACAAGUUCCAGAAGUUCUUCGUGAUCGUUGGUGGUUUGGCGCUGGUGGCGAUUCUCGCGUUCGCCGGCAACUACUUCCUGAAGUUCGUGCUGUACGUGAAACAGAAGCGCCGUGAUCAGGUAAAUCGAUUAAUCAGUGAGAUAAUACAUGCGGUUAGCCAGGCGGCAGCGAAUGCUUCCGAGGCGGCGAACAAGGAUGGAACGAUCUCAGCGCAGCAGGCGGGCGUUGUUAUCAACCAUCUGCGGGAUCGUCUUUUGGGGAUGCCAAAUCGGCGUAAGCAUACAUGGGCGUGGAACGAAGCGCUCGGCUUUUUAGAACAGCACGAAAGUCGCAUCGCAUUCGAGGUCGCAACGAUCGGUGGCGAAGACUUCAAGAUAAUGCGCUGGAUCGAUAGUGUGCCGUUGGUAAGCGGAGGAGCAGCGGGCAGCCCUGGAUCUUCCCGGUUGGGCGGUGGGUCUACCGGCGGUAGCACCACGGCCAAGAAGUGGCAAGGUCCAGCGUUCGACAACAGCAACAAGAUACACGAUCCGCCGACACCUUGCCUCAAGAUUCGGCAAAUGUUCGACAAGUACGAGGUGAACGAUCCAAACCUGAAGACGAUCGUGCAGGACGCUAUUCUGGAGAAGUUGGGCGGUCGUUGCAAGAUCUACGACAUUCAGCUCGACCGAAGUAGCUGCUGCGUGUACGUGCGAUGUGCCUCGGCGAAGGAUGCCGGCAUUGUACAUGACGAGAUCAAUGGCUGGUGGUUCGACAAUCGGCUAGUGUCGAUCAAGUUCCUGCGGCUGGAACGAUACCUGCAGCGGUUCCCGCGCUCGCUCGCCGGGCCGGCCUGUCUGAAGCCAUCGAACAAGAACAACUCGUCCAUGAGUCAUCAAUUGGCGCUGAACAGUAACAACAACGGUAGUGCGGCUGGGCGUUACGCGAGUAACGGUAACAGAGGCGGCAAUCGAGAUGACCUCGACACCGAUCCCGAAGAGUACGAUGAUGGCGAAGGUGAGGAGGACGGUGAAGAGGAAGAAGAUGAAGAGGAGCUGGUGGCAGCGGCAGCUAGAACCGGGACUAACAAUCGUCACAGUGCCUCCGGUGCUGGGCGGCGUUCUAGACGCCAGGAACGGCACGAAGAUGAGGAAAACGACGAGUAG